AUGGAAGCUACUGCCAUUGUCAUGGAAUUAUCGAAGGAGGCUCCAGAUCUUGAAUCAAACACCCAACUCGAAUAUGAUCCAUGGCUUCUCGAUGAUCAUCCACUACGAUCAUAUCCGACAGAGUGUGUUCCAGGCUUGUCACUUUAUCUCGAUGAAUACUACGAAUCCAUCGGAAAGCGAAGAGCCAUGCUAUUUCGCGCUGGAUGUCUUAUACUCGGAUGCCUGGAAGUAUUGCGAGCCGCAUUCCAAUGUCUCAGAUUGCUCCCAAUCAACAUCAAACGGACAACCCCGCCUCAUGCAUCCACAUCAUACACCAACAUUCACCCUCAGAGUGGUGAGGGUACAUUCUAUAUACUAGACACGCGACCACAUGCUCUCAAGUCAUCUCUCGGCGAGGGAUGCAAAGGCCUGCGAACUGCCGUGUGGAUACGCAACGGGGAGCUGCAUAUUGGAAAUGCAGUUGCGGAAAUCGAACCUGAGGCCUUUCUGCAGCGACUCAGUCUCGACCAUCUUCUGGCGAAGCUUGACGCAGAGACCGAUGCUACCGCCCGAGCAUCUCUUGACACCGAAACGCCACUCAACUUUCACGCUGAUCUAGCGUACACUUUCCUUUUGAUGCUUGAUGCCAAGACAUCACUUCACGAGCUCUACCCACAUCUCGUGGAACAGCUCGAUACUCUCCGGCAAAGGGGGUAUUUGUCUCAUUGGGAUGGACAAAAUGUUGUUCAGCGCCCUAUGACUGUCGUGGUUACUGGGGAGGAAUUUCCUGAGAGUGACUGUGCCAGUCAUUCUUAUUCUGACGUCUUCUGGUCUGCUUUACCGGAAGGGCAGGUUAUAAGGGAUUUUACGCAGGAUGGCCUCCGAGAUCUAUCGCCGGUGUGUAUAGUAUGA